AUGUCGCCAUAUACUAAUUUUGCUGUUGAUCAUCUUUGGUGCUAUCGUUCAGCAUCAUCGGAUAUUGAUUUGCAGAUUUUGUUUGCUGAACUUCAUUUGUCGGUUUCGUCGUUGCUGUUCCAUAUUGUAGUCGUAGCUUUUGCUUCAGUUACUGUAGUUGUCCGUUUAGGGUAA